GAAUUGAAUUGUAGGAUUUUCCGUUAUUUUUGUGUUUUCAAUACAUAUCAUAUUAUUUAUUAUGAUUUUUGAUUUUGAAUCGUAAAUAUUACAUACAUUUUUUAUUCCUCUUUCACUUUUAAGUUUUAAGCUUUAUUCCCUAAAAACUGAAUGCACUACUCGUAAUUUAUUUAUUUCUAUCUAUAUUACAAUUACAAACAUUAAACAAUGGCUACCAAACAACAGAGCCAAAACGCCAUCACUCUUAAAGGGUCUGCGAAACUGGUUAUGGACUAUUUAAAUUUUGGAAUUAACAGUAUUCUUUUUCAACGAGGAAUUUACCCACCGGAAUCAUUCAAAACAGAAGAACAUUUUGGUCUAUCAAUUCUCGUGUCAACUGAUACUAAAAUUCAACAGUUCCUACAACCUGUUCUCAAUCAAAUGAAAGAUUGGUUGUUAGAACAAAAAAUUCAAAAAAUGUCAAUGGUUAUCUCCAAUGUUAACACCAAAGAAGUGAUGGAACGUUGGGAUUUCAAAUUGCAGUAUGAAGGAUCUGGCGAUUCCAAUCCAGACUCGGUUGGAAAUAAGGAGUUAUCAAUAAUCCAAAAAGAAAUUAGAGACGUAUUAAGGCAAAUUUGUUCUACUGUUAGUUUUUUACCUUUGCUUGAUUGUCCAUGUGCUUUUGACUUGCAAAUAUACACUAAACCUGAUGUAGAUGUACCACAAGAAUGGUCUGAAACUGCUCCUAGUUAUAUUGCUAAUUCUCAAGAGUUACAGUUAAGAUCAUUUUCUACUUCAUUGCAUAGAAUGGAUACUGUUGUUAGUUAUAAAGCAGACUUUUAAAAAGAAUGUCCAUCAAUAUGGUGAUCAAAUUAAUUAAGUUUUUUUUAUACCUAAUUUUUUUAUAUAAUUUAAUGGUAUUGUUUAUUUUACAAAUUUUGAGUUAAGUGAUGAUUGGUUUUUAUUUUUUAAAAACUAAUAUUUUUUAAUAAACCACUACUUUAGCUAAUCAUACGUUAAAUAAUAAUUGUUUUUGUUUAUUCCAAAACACUAUUACAUUAUUUUUUUUUAAUCACAAUAUUGUACAUUAUUUUAGAUUCUGAGCGAAGCGAGGAAUAUAUUGGUUUUACAAUGAUGUUUAUUUCUUUUUUACUCUGUAAACACUUUUCUCCCCCUAAACUUGCUCAAAAGUACAAGUGUAGCAUAUUUUCUGAAAGGUGAUGUUUUUGAACAGGUACUUUAGAGAGGUCAUUUUUCGAUUUUCGAAAUGAUACUCGAAAUAAAAACGGUUAAAGGAGAAAAAAUGUACAACUUCACGAUUAUGUAGAUAAUACAAAAUAAUAACGGCUUUGUUUAUUAACAUAGAAACGAAUAAAAUUAAAUAAAAAAGAUCCCCUCGUCUGCUCAGAAUCGUUUUUUAUCGAAUGCAAUCAUAUUGCAUUCAAAUCGAAUACCUACAGUAAAAUUACACUAUCCUAGACAAACAUCCACCACCGAAUUGUGCUGACUUUUUUACUUUAGUUUAAGUACCUCCUUAUUCUAUCCUAUAGUAUUAAAUAAUCAAUUUGUAUUUUAUUUUUAAUAAUAUUUUGUUAUUAUAUUUUUACUCUUUAAGUUGUAUACAUUAAUAGUAAAAAUAUAAUAGAGAUGUAUUAUUAUGUAUUUCUAAGAUAAGAACAUAUUGUUCAUUUGUUUUUAAUGUUUUUAUGUAAUAGUAUGCAUUACUAAUAUUAUUAAGUAUAAUAUUUUGUUACUAGACACAUGUGUUCCAGCAUAUUAGUACAAAAAAAAUUUAAUUUUUAUAUUAUACACAAUUUAUAAUAUGUAUAAUAUAGUAAUUGUUACAUGAUGUAUUAAUGUUGAUCAAUAUGGAUUUUAUAUAUUGAAAUCAUAUUAUUUUACACUAAUUUGAAUACUGUUUUUAAAAUUGAAAAUUGAUCCAUUAUGAUUUAUGAUAAGAAAAACAUUCAUAAUGUAUAUUAAAUAUAUUUUAUGGCUGCUUGGA